AUGGAGAUUGAAUCGAAAAUCCCCGGUCUCAACUUGGACCUGACUGAGCGAGAUCUAGAGCAGAGUCAACAAAUUUACAACAGUCUUCCUACCGACGAGAAUCAGCUCGAUAUUGGCCCGGCGCUUGAAGGCCUUGCCAAAAUAUUCGUCAAGCAUAAUGUCCACGAGUCGUUUGGCGUGCACUUAGCUCAUGCUCACUUCAAAAUUGGAGAAAACACCAUCUUCGCUGGCGAUGGCAGCCUUCCAUGUUGGACCAAACCAACCGAGACCGAUUCGCUAGAUCUCGAGAAUAUUUAUGGCCACAAAUUCGUCCUCGCAGACGGACGUUUCCAUCCGUACGAAUACCGCGCCGGUAUCCGGCCGCGUUCCCUCCAUAUAAGCGACUUCGUCUCCGAGUUAGCCGACUUCAUCCAGCAGAAUGGUUUAAAGGAUGCCGUUGCACUUGAGGUUUUGGAUAAGCCGCUGCCCAGGCCAUUGAUGGAGCUGGUAGUGGGGGACCAUGGCACUAUGAUGGCCCCUUCCGAAAAGCUAAUCGACUGCACGCCCUUCCGACAAACUGGCUGGACCUUUACUAAGAAAGAUGGGAAACCAAAUGUCUGCAAGGAUGGUCAGCAGUUCCACGGCGCUCAUCCGAGGGGCCAUGUGAUUGUUACAACUUCGUGGGACGUUCUUGAAAGUAAAUCAGAUGUUGUGCAUUUCUUAGAGAAAAGGGGCCUAUAUAAGUAA